AUGAAGUGGUUUCAAGUGACCAUAGAUAUGAUUCUUGUGCUUUCAUUUAUAUCAAGCAGCACAGCAAAUCCGGAUGCGAAACGAUUGUACGACGAUUUGCUGAGCAACUAUAACAAACUGGUCCGGCCGGUGGUGAAUGUUACGGAUGCUCUCACCGUUCGCAUCAAGCUGAAGCUAUCGCAGCUGAUUGAUGUCAAUCUGAAGAACCAAAUCAUGACCACAAAUCUGUGGGUGGAGCAAUCCUGGUAUGAUUACAAACUCAAAUGGGAGCCCAAGGAAUAUGGUGGCGUUGAGAUGCUUCAUGUCCCCUCCGAUCACAUUUGGCGGCCGGAUAUAGUGCUCUAUAAUAAUGCCGAUGGCAACUUUGAGGUAACGCUGGCCACCAAAGCCACGCUGAACUAUACAGGACGCGUGGAAUGGCGUCCUCCGGCCAUAUACAAGAGCUCCUGUGAAAUCGAUGUGGAGUAUUUUCCCUUUGAUGAGCAGACCUGUGUUAUGAAAUUUGGCAGCUGGACCUAUGAUGGCUUUCAGGUGGAUUUGCGACACAUUGACGAGCUGAACGGCACCAAUGUCGUUGAGGUAGGCGUGGAUCUGUCCGAAUUUUACACGUCUGUCGAAUGGGAUAUCCUUGAAGUUCCAGCAGUGAGAAAUGAAAAGUUUUAUACCUGCUGCGAUGAGCCAUAUCUGGACAUUACCUUUAACAUCACAAUGCGCCGGAAAACGCUUUUCUAUACGGUUAACCUGAUCAUUCCCUGCAUGGGCAUCAGUUUCCUUACCAUUCUGGUGUUCUAUCUGCCAUCGGACAGUGGCGAGAAGGUCUCAUUAAGCAUAUCCAUUCUGCUGUCGCUCACUGUGUUCUUCCUGCUCCUGGCGGAAAUCAUUCCGCCCACGUCCCUGGUGGUCCCGCUCCUGGGAAAGUUCGUGCUCUUCACCAUGAUACUGGAUACCUUCAGCAUCUGUGUGACUGUGUUGGUGCUGAACAUCCAUUUCCGGUCACCGCAGACACACACAAUGGCGCCCUGGGUGCGGACCGUGUUCAUUAACCAACUGCCCCGUUUCCUGGUCAUGCGCCGGCCUCUGUAUCCGAUCAGUGAGAUGAUCAAAUCCUCGCGCCGCCUGAUGGUGCGCACAUGCAAUGGACUCGAAUUAAGGGAUCAAAUACCACCGCUGCCGCCACCGGUGGCACUGUCCCGCAUGCACCAUAGCCCCAAGACCACAUCCCGGAGCACCUCGCCCCACCUGCAGCACCGCGUGCAGACACUCAACCUACUCGACGAGUGUGGCAUGGGCAUGAGUAUGGGCGGCAUGGGCGGCAUGGGUGGCAUGGGUGGCGCCUCCACCAUCACCGGCCAUCUGAGCUCACUGUAUCCUCCGACCAUGUCGACGAUGAACCAACAGACCUCGACCACAUCCUCGCUGAUCGACGCCCAGUAUCACAAUCAAUAUCAGCAGACGGGCGGCUCGCUGCUGGAUCAUCCGCUGACGCCCACCAAGUUCCGCCAAAUGACCUCGACCUCCAGCCAGACGGGUCAGAACGGAGGCAAUAAUGGAGGCUCCGGCUAUGGCCAUGGACAGGGCGCGGGGCAGCUCUAUCGCCAGCAGUCAAGCUGUUCGGCCAAUUUCUCGCCGCUGCCACAGCAUGCCCAUCAAUCGCACGCCUCCACAACAACCAGCGAUCUGGGCAUGGCCAAUCCGAAUGUGAUAAAGUCCACGACGACGGUGAACUCGGUGGCCACCGCCUCAACGCUGGCCGAAUCCUGUUGCAGCGGCGCCAUACAGAUACAUCAGGGCAUGGGUGCCGGUGUUGCCUGCCAAUCCUCGGAGCUGCUGCAUCAUCAGCAGAUUCCACUACAGAUGCAUCAUCAGUUGCAUUCCUCCCAGCAGCAGCAGCGGCCCAGUACCUCUGCAGCUGCAGCCGCUGCAGCAGCAGCAGCAGCAUCCGGUGGACCCAGCACCUCUGCAGCGGCAGCAGCAGCGGCGGCAGCUGCGGCGGCGGCGGCGGCCGGAACACCACCGCCCCCACCUCCACCGCCACCGCCGGCCGGCGUUUGUGAUAUACUGCCCGCCUGCCAGCGCGAGGGCGGUCCCCAUUGCUGCUCCGGCCGGGGCAAUGUCCGCCAUCGGUGGCACACCUGCCCGGAGCUGCACAAGGCCAUGGAUGGGGUCAACUAUAUAGCAGAUCAGACGCGCAAGGAGGAGGAGAGCACGAGGGUGAAAGAGGACUGGAAAUAUGUGGCCAUGGUGCUGGACCGCCUGUUCCUGUGGAUUUUCACAAUAGCCGUGGUCGUGGGCACCGCUGGAAUUAUCCUGCAGGCUCCGACGCUCUACGACACCCGGGUGCCCAUCGAUGUCAAGUUAUCGGAGAUUGCCUCGACGACGGCCAAGCCCAAUGCGGCCAGGCCAGUGUUGUAA